GGAAGCAUUUUCUAUUCCGUCCGGGACCAUUUGAAACUAUCUGAACAUAAUUUUAGUGUAAAACUCUUGAAAUGUUGCGUUACACAUGUUUUGUGUUCAGUUCGUUUAGGCAGAAUUAAUAUGCACUAGUGAUUGGAUCUUCAAGGCACUGUAAACCCCAAGAAUUGUUAUAGGCCACCUGUCCUUUUAUUCCUACUGCUCAAGACUUCCCUUCUGUCCUUCUUAAGUUCUACUGUAAAUGGAUUUACCUGCUGUGUUCAAGUCUACUUUAGAGCUUCCUGUCGCUGGAUUUACUGUCACUGUUGUCCAGAUAGAGUUUUCUGAUCACUUAAUGGUACUCAUUUCACGCAACGGAAUGAUUGGGGAUAUUGUGUUGUCCCAGAAAAGCAAUCUACCGACAGUAAAUGGUCAUGUUUCUCAUGAUCUUGAUACUCGGACUCUGUUCGGUCCUGACAAAAGUUUAAAGCGUCUGGUACUAUAUUGUAGUACACUUCAUCACAUGUUUUGCUCAUAUCUUUAAAAAGCUAGGAGCUAAUACGCUUCCAAAAUAGACACAAUUGAAAAAACAAAUCAAUCAAAUAAACAUCGGGAUUUCCUUGCUAAGAUUGACCUUGUCAUAUCUCUUUUCAUCUCUAUCAUCUUAUGAUUUAAUACAAUUUAUAAUUGGACGAGUAAAACGAUUGGAUACAGAUGUGUAUUUCAGUCGGAAUUUUAGUUUCAGAAACCUCACUAUAUAUAAAUGUACUGGGUUGUUGCUUUAGUGAAUAUUUUAUGGUUUCAAAAAGCAAUCUAACGUCUGUAGAUAAAACUGUUACUUGCUUUCAAUGUAAGUUCAUGUGAAAAUAAUGUGGGUCAAAUAAAAUUACACUUGUUACACACUAGCUCAAAAUUAUGCUUGCUUUUCAUUGUACCUACUUUCAACUGUAUAAAGCCGAAAAUUUUGAUAAAUUACGGAUUUCAUGUAUGCCUCAUUUCAGUUUUGCUCACCGAUAUACAAUCUAUUUUUGUGCAAUGCAUCAAUUGUCCUUUGACAUUUAAUUGUUUGUAAGCUACCUAACAAUUCUAUCUUAUUCUCCUUUACAGUUGAAUACUUGUCUUAUCACCAGGCUGAUAACUAGAAUUUUGGAUACUUCAAAAACAAUACUUGUUAGUACUGAUUUCAAAGAAGACAUUUGUUUUAGUGAUACUCAACUAAUUUGUGAUGUCUUGAAAAAUAUAAGAUCGACAUAGCAUAA